CUAGUUUGACAUCUGGAAGAAAUUGAAUCACUUUUGUUUUGAUAACGUAGCGAAAUGGAAUAACACAGCAGCAGAUUGGUGAUAGUGACUGAAAAUAUUAUUUUGAGCAGAAAAUCAAUAAUCAAUCAGUGCAUUUUUUCACGGGCUGUCUGUGUCGUAUUUCAGGGAAUGUGAAUUCGUUUUUCAGUGGUUGUUAAAUUUUGGCGAGUGUACUUUUGACCUACUUGUUUGUUCCCCGUCCUGGCAGUGUGUGUAAUGUGUAAUAAUGGAGCAGGUUGAACUUCUAAAUGGAUCCAGCUACGGUUCGGGGGAGGAUCAGAAUAAAUCACUGACCUCGAUCGAAGCUGAUCGGAGCUUCGAAGAAUAUUGUGACGAAAACAACAGGCUGAUUGAACUGAAGGACGAUCCUGCGGAAGAGGUGGAAGAAAUUGGCAGUUUAGUGGAGUCUCAACCAUCCGGAAAGAACAUUGCUUUUGUCCAGCCGAACAAUCAUCGCAGGUCCGAUGAACCGACGGAACUUAGCUUUGAAAAGUUUCCAGAAAACCACGAAGAAAAGCUUAAGCGCAUUCAAAUCGAAAACGCCUUGGACGAUACCAACACCACACAAGAUGAAUGGAGGAAGUUUGCGAAAUCCGAGUACGGACUCAUUAAUGACGACCUCCGUCGCAGGGUGUGGCCCCUGUUGGUUGGUGUCGAUCCCAAGCAGGUCGACCCGGCACCGUCACUCGAGGAACUUAACAGCCACCCAGAAUACAAUCAGGUAGUGUUGGAUGUGAACCGUUCGCUGAAGCGCUUUCCUCCAGGCAUUCCCUACGAACAGCGUGUCGCCCUGCAGGAUCAACUGACCGUACUAAUUCUACGAGUCAUCAUCAAGCAUCCACAUCUCAAGUACUAUCAGGGUUACCACGAUGUAGCGAUCACAUUCUUACUUGUCGUUGGUGAGGAGGUAGCAUUUCACGUAAUGGAGAUUCUGUCCACCAACCAUUUGGUCGAAUGCAUGCAAGAAACAAUGGAACCGACUCAACGAAGGCUAAUGUUUAUCUAUCCUCUGGUAAGGAGGGAGAAUGCAGGCCUUUGUGAUUAUUUGGAGCGAUCAACCGUUGGCACACUAUUCGCACUGCCCUGGUACCUGACAUGGUUUGGACACAGUCUCAACUCGUACCGGUCGGUGGUGCGAUUGUAUGAUUACUUCUUAGCCUCUGAUUUUCUUCUGCCUAUAUACGUGACCUCCGCGAUCGUACUGUACAGACAGAGUGAGAUCUUCCAAGAGGACUGCGACAUGGCUUCGCUACAUUGUUUGUUGUCACAAUUACCGGAGGAUCUACCCUUUGAAUACCUUCUUAAAAAUGCCGAAGUUCUCUACCGGAAAUACCCUCCCAAAUUGGUCGAAAAAGAUGUGGAAACUAUGAUUGCCAAAGAGAAACAGCAGCGGCUUAAGGAGGAACGCGAUCGCGAGCGGCGGAAGGCUCGCAGCGUGGCAAAGCCGGGAGGUCAUUCGUUCAUUGGCCGCCUAUUACCACACCUGCCAGUCACGCGACGAUCGGUUUUUGUGACGACUGCAUUUUCCAUUCUGGUGGGCUUCUGUGCUUACUACUACCGCGCUCAUCUGAUGCCACUUUCAGUGAUCAGAUGAGUCGAGCUGUUCCGGCGGAUUCCGUCGUCUUUUACCGUCGUUACCGGUCCUUUGGCCACAUAUUGGGGCUGGGACAGCUCGCCGCGGGCUCUACAGUAAUCAAUUCUACUGGCUGUGGCUGUUUCCAGAAUCUGAACCAUUCGCACGUGGCAAAAUCGAAGAGCAAAUAAAAAAAACGACUACUCGAUCCCAAAACUCUGUAUAUUUUUAUAUAAAAUGUGAUUUCUUUCUAUCAUCAUGGUCAUCGAAUAAAUUUCAUCGUAAUUUUCAUGCAUAAUUGCAAACUUUUUGUGUACAUAAUCAUAAUUUUUGUCGGCGUGGGUAGCAUUGAUAACGAAUACGUCGUUAUGUUGCAAGCAUUACAGAACGAAACGAUUACGAUUGAUAAUGAACGCUAGCUGCUAAGUUGUAAAUGUAAAAUGCGUAAUAGUAAUACCUAAUACAUAAGAUCAUGCACUGUUAAACAUAUGAAUCAAGGUGAAUUGUAUAUUUCUUUCAUUAUCAAAUUGAAGAAACAUGAAUAAA